AUGAAAGUUGAAAUAUUUACGAAUUCAACCAGGGAGCAAGUGAAGAACUAUCGUGAAUCUUGCAAUGUUCGUGUUGAGAAGCAACAAAGUGACGAUGGAACCGCCGAAGUCGACAGAAGCGGCGGAACCAACGAACCCGGCGGCAGAACCGUCGAACUCGACAGAAGGAUCUGUUCCGGAACCGACAAAGUCGACAGAACCGGCGACGGAACCGUCGAACUCGACAGAAGGGGCGGAACGUCGAAUCUGACAAAAGCGGGGGAAGUGUCAAAGCCUUCGCAAACGGCGGAACCGACCGACGAAUCUCCGCCGACAGAGGAGACGGUGGUGUCAGGAGAGGCGGAAACCGGAGAAGCAAUGCCCAAAGAAAAAGAAGCCCAAACUGAGGAGAAGAUGAGCCAGAAGGAGUUGAAUCGGAAAAAGAAGAUGAAUCGGAAAAGAAGAAGAGCACGAAGAAGAGAAAGAUGA